UUGUUCGUGUACUGUCCGAUCAAAAUUUGACCUUUUUAACUCGAAAAGAAGCUACGGCCUACGAGUUGGACACAUACACCCCCAUGUCCGCUCCAUUUUUGUCCUGGAGGGCGUAAGCGUGACCGCCAACUUAAACUGAAUGCAAUUAUACCUCAUGAAUCCGACAAUGGCACACUGAAUCGCACAGACUUAACUGGUUUUGUCUCCCAGUUUUGCUUCAAAUGGCAAAAUCUGAUAUUUUAUAGUUUUUUCUGUUCACUUUGAUGUAUUUGUAGCUGUUGUCACGUUUAAACCUUGCGAUUGAGCUUUCUCUUCCCGGGCAUGACGGUGGAGGGAGGAUUGGAGAGUGGUGUGAACAUUGGCGGGUCUUCCAUGGAUUCCAUUGAAUCCCGGUGGGUUUUUCAGGAGGAGGAUGAAUUGGAGGGUGAGUGCGAUGAAGAUGAAUAUGAGGAUGACGCUUAUUCGCGGCAUUAUACCAUGUUGGAUUCCGAGGACGAGGAGGACGAUGAGCCGAGACUGGUUAGGACUGGCGCACGAAUCGAUCCCUUCGAUGCUGAAGCUCUUGAGGUCUCUGGUACUCAGAGGAGUGACAAUGAGAAUGUGGGUGUGGGAAGGAGUAUUUAUUUGGCUAUUAAGACCCUCGGUCUUAUCUUUGGAGAUGUGGGAACAAGCCCAUUAUAUACCUUCAGUGUCAUGUUUAGAAAGGCCCCUAUUGAUGGAAAUGAAGACAUUCUUGGAGCAUUAUCACUUGUCCUGUACACCUUAAUCUUAUUUCCUCUAUUGAAGUAUGUCCUCGUUGUUCUAUGGGCUAAUGAUGGUGGUGAAGGUGGCACUUUUGCCUUGUACUCCUUGAUUUGUCGUCAUGCUAAGGUUAGUCUUCUUCCGGAUCAGUUGCCGUUAGAUGCUCGCAUGUCAUCAGACGCUCCCAUAUCAAAAUUUAGGCUAAAGGUGCCAACUCCUGAGCUUGAAAGGUCAAUAAAAAUCAAGGAAAGACUUGAAACUUCACUGACUCUGAAGAAGCUUUUACUAGCAUUAGUACUGGCUGGUACAUCUAUGGUAAUAACUAACGGAGUUGUUACGCCAGCAAUAUCAGUAAUUUCUUCUGUUGGCGGUUUGAAGGUGAGGGUAGAUGCAAUCAAGCAAGAUAAAGUGGUGAUGAUUUCAGUUGCCUGCCUUGUCAUUUUGUUCAGUGUACAGAAGUAUGGAACAAGUAAAGUGGGACUUCUUGUAGGACCAGCUUUGUUAAUAUGGUUUUGUUCUCUUGCUGGCAUUGGGAUCUACAAUCUUUUCAAAUAUGACAGCAGCGUCUUGAGGGCAUUUAAUCCUAUCCAUAUAUAUCACUUCUUUGAGAGGAAUUCAACUAAAGCAUGGUAUUCUCUAGGGGGCUGUCUUCUGUGUGCAUCGGGUUCUGAGGCCAUGUUUGCAGAUCUUUGCUACUUCUCUGUACAAUCAGUUCAGCUUACCUUUUUCUUUCUUGUUCUGCCAUGCCUACUAUUGGGUUAUUUGGGUCAAGCUGCUUACCUGAUGGACAACCAUGCUGAUGCUGGUGAUGUUUUUUUCUCUUCUAUCCCAAGUGGUGUGUUCUGGCCAAUGUUCCUCAUCGCUAACAUUGCUGCAAUGAUUGCAAGUCGGACCAUGACGACUGCCACCUUUUCAUGCAUAAAACAAUCUAUUGCGCUUGGGUGUUUCCCUCGCCUUAAAAUAAUUCAUACCUCUCGGAAAUAUAUGGGUCAGAUCUAUAUCCCUGUUAUUAACUGGUUCCUUUUGGCUGUUUCACUGGUGCUUGUCUGCUCUAUAUCCAGGAUCGAAGAGAUUGGAAAUGCAUAUGGCAUUGCAGAGCUCGGAGUGAUGAUGAUGACAUCUGUUUUAGUUACCCUCAUAAUGCUUCUUAUAUGGCAGACGCACAUAAUCAAAGUGCUCCUUUUUAUGACAGUCUUCUUGGGAUUGGAGUUGACUUAUUUUUCGUCGGUUCUGUUGAGCAUUACAGAUGGAAGUUGGAUAAUAUUGGUUUUUGCCAUAACAAUGUUUCUUAUCAUGUAUGUAUGGACUUAUGGUAGCAAGCUCAAAUAUGAAACUGAAGUCAAGCAAAAGUUAUCAAUGGAUUUGAUGCGGCAAUUAGGCUGUAAUCUGGGAACAGUUCGAGCACCUGGCAUUGGUUUGAUUUAUAAUGAGUUGGCCAAAGGAAUUCCAUCAAUUUUCGGCCAUUUUCUGACCUCGCUUCCAGCAAUACAUUCCUUGAUUAUAUUUGUGUGUAUGAAGAGUGUUCCAGUUCCAGUGGUGCCCCAAAAUGAAAGAUUCGUUUUCCGGAGAGUCUGCCGAAGAAGCUACCAUAUCUUUCGUUGUAUUGCCAGGUAUGGUUACAAAGAUGUGCCGAAAGAAAAUCAACAAGUUUUUGAGCAGAUUCUGAUUGAGAGCCUAGAGAAGUUUGUCCGUCAAGAGGCUCUCGAGCGAUCAUUGGAAAGUGACAGGGAUGAUAGCGAUUCAGAGGAUGAGUACUCUAAGGUUCUCGUUGCUCCCAAUGGGAGUGUUUACUCUCUUAGUGUUCCUCUCCUGGCUAGCUACAAUAAUGCAAGCAAGCCUGUUUCCAUAACCAGCACAUCAGAGGUGAGCCCAGCAUCUUCUAGUCUUCCUGCUUUUGAUGCAGAGCAGAGUCUUCAAAGGGAGCUAUCCCUCCUGCGUGUGGCUAAAGAAUCUGGAGUUGUUUAUCUUCUUGGUCAUGGAGAUAUAAGAGCAAGGAAGGAUUCAUGGUUUAUCAAAAAGCUAGUUAUAAACUAUUUUUAUGCCUUUUUGAGAAAGAAUUGCAGGAGGGGGACUGCAAAUUUAGCUGUGCCCCACACACGCCUGAUUCAGGUUGGCAUGACUUACAUGGUGUGACACAGUUCUGGAACCAAAUAAAGCAAAUGCCAAUUUCUUUGGUGGCAGAGAGUGAGGCUUGGAAAAUGCAGUUCGGAAUGCGAAGUUUGAAAUGAUUGCUUGAUGAUUUCCGGCUAAUUGAAUUCCCUUACAGCCAAAUACCUAUCUAGCUUUGGGUCUGAAAAUUGUUUUGACGCUUGCCUGGAAAUGUGGGGUUGAAAUAGGCGGAGACAAACGAAUCAGAGUACCAAAAAAAUCUUUGGUUGUUCAGUAGGUAUCCUGUGAGUGUGUCAAUUUUUUCCCAAUUUUUUUAGUAUUUGAAAUAAAAAUUUAAAUGUGUCGGGUUUCAAAGGCUUAAGAAAGGUUCAGACAGGCUUACAACUCAGAACAUUUAUAAAAAUGUCGAUAAAUUAGUCACCAAUGGGAUCCUCACUUUAGCCAUGAAAUUCAAAUCCAUUUCCUUGUAGGAGAUGAAACCAUACUUUACCUGCUGGGCUAACCUCUGAAGAUGUGAAUGGCUGUAAUUUUACAAUGUAGGAUGAGCAUGACAUCAGUAAUGGUCAGAGUUUUGUACAGUGGCAUUUUAUACCGUCUUAUUUCGUUAUCCUGUUUUCCGUGACAAGUUUCUGUAAAACUAAAAUAGUUUAGCGGUAGAAUCCAUGGUAUGUUCUGCUUGUUGGAAAAAAGAUGGGAUGCUUGAAGAAAAGUUAUUUUGCUGCUA